AUGGCGCUGGCGGCCGCCGCCGCCGCCGCCGCCGCGGGGGUGAGCCAGGCGGCCGUGCUCGGCUUCCUGCAGGCGCACGGCGGGCAGGUGCGGGACUCGGAGCUGCUGAGCCGCUUCCGGCCGCUGCUGGAGGCCGGGGACCCGCGCGGCCGCGCCGCCCGCAGGGACCGCUUCAAGCAGUUCGUCAACGACGUGGCCGUGGUGAAGGAACUCGACGGCGUCAAGUUCGUGGUGCUGAGAAAGAAACCUCGACAGCCGCCAGGCCCGCAGCCCCUGCUCCCGCACACCCCGGGGGUCCCCGCGCCCCCGACCUCGUGCACCCCACCAGGGGAUCCCGAGGAGGAAGGAGCCCCAUCUUCCACCUCGGGGGCCCCGCCGUCCGAGCCACAGGACCCCCCGGGGGCUGCCGAGCCCACCACGGCGGAGCUGUCGGAAGAACCGGCCCAGCCGUCCGGGGGAGCCGCCGAUCCGCCGGAUCGCGCGUCAGGAACAGCCCGGCCCUCCGAGGAACCGCCUGCCGACGUGGCCCCCGCCACCUGCGCACCCUCCUCGGAGGCUCCAGAUCCGGAGCCCGGGCCGAGGAUCGCGAAAGGAUCCCCGCCGCCGCCCCGGCCCCGCGCGCCGCCACAGCCGCCCAAACCCUGCAUGCUGCCGGUGCGCUGCUGCGUCCCGGGCCCCGCCGCGCUGCGCGUGGUGCGGGCGGACGAACAGAGUCUGCGCCGGCAGCUGUCGGAAGAACGGAGCCCGCGGAGCUCCCCGCUGCUCCUGCGGAGGCUCUCGGUGGAGGAAUCCGGCCUGGGGUUGGGCCUGGGUCCCGGCCGUUCCCCUCACCUGCGACGCCUGUCACGCGCCGGCCCGCGUCUCCUGAGCCCGGAUCUGGAGGAGAUGCCCGCCGCGCCCUCCUCCGCGUCCGCGCCGCCGUCCGCCGUGCCGCUGGAACCCGCCGAGCACGAGUGGCUCGUGCGCACCGCCGGCGGCCGCUGGACCCACCAGUUGCACGGGCUGCUGCUGCGGGAUAGCGGCCUGGCGGCCAAACGCGACUUCACGUCGGGUUACACCGCCCUGCACUGGGCCGCCAAGAGCGGCGACCGCGAGAUGGCGCUGCAGCUGGUGGAGGUGGCGCGGCGCGGGGGCGCGCGCGUGGACGUGAACGCGCGCUCGCACGGCGGCUACACCCCGCUGCACCUGGCCGCGCUGCACGGCCACGAGGACGCCGCCGUGCUGCUGGUGGUGAGCCUGGGCGCGCAGGUGCACGUGCGCGACCACAGCGGACGCCGCCCCUACCAGUACCUGCGGCCCGGCGCCUCGUACGCACUGCGUCGUCUCCUAGGCGACCCCGGCCUGCGUGACGCCGGCGAGCCCGACGCCAGCGGGGGCAGCGGCGGCGGCGGCGGCGGCCCCUUAGCCGCGCGCCAUCCCGUGCAGGUGGCCGCUACCAUCCUCGGCUCCACCACCAGUGCGUUUCUGGGGGUCCUGGCGGAUGAUCUGAUGCUCCAGGAUUUGGCCCGUGGCUUGAGGAAAUCGAGUUCUUUCAGUAAGUUUUGGGGCGCCUCACCGAUGGCUCCCCGGAAAAAGGCGAAGAUCCGAGGCGGCCUUGCGACGUUCUCGGAAGCCUCACGUCGAUCCGUUACGAUGGGGCACUUGGCUGGUUUAAUGCCCAGUCUGCCCCCUUCGACCUGA